AAAAUGUUUUCAAUGUUUUGAUGUUUUGCUCACAAAUCGACAUCACUUUGAAUGUCAACAAAAGUGACGACAAGUAUUAGGAGGUGUGACCAGAGAUCAGUCUUCGCAUACAUUUACCACCGGUUUAUCACAUCUUCACCCGAGUGUCUGAUCCCUGGAAAUGAGUGUCAAAGCGUUUGAGUUGUGGUCAGUGGCGGAGAAAGUGAUGAUCGGAGAGAGGGUUAGGGUUAAGAUCGAAAGCAUCGAAUUUCGGGCUAAAAGUCUUUAUUUGGGAACAAAUGAGAGUUUUGUGAUCGAAAUGAAGUACAACUCGAUUACGAAGAGAUGCGAAGAGAGUUUACGCUUCAAAUACUUGGGACUCAAGAAGCCGGUCGUUGCCAUCCGUGUUGUCUGUAUUCUUGAGCGCAUUCUCUGUGUCUGCGAUUCAACGCUAAUUGUCUUAAAUCAAAACGAUUUGGAAGUGAUUUCUUAUGGAAACAAAUUGAAAAAUAUAAGCGUUUUAUGUCUUAACGAAAACCCAAAUAAUAACAACCCGUUUAGCGUUGAGUUAUGCGUCGCCCGAAGGAAACAACUCAUUGUCUAUAAUAUGACUUCCGAGAAGAUUAUUGCCAUUAAAGAGAUCUCUUUGCCUGAGUUUGUGCUCUCGCUUUCAAUGGACGGCCAAUACAUAUGUGUGGGAACCGAUUCCCAGUACUUGAUUGUCGACUGGGAUUCCGGGCAUAUCCAAGACGUGUGCAAUUGUGACUCACAUAUAGCUGUUCCGGUGUGUAAGCGAAUCACCAAGCACGAAUUCCUUAUAUCCGGUCCAUCAGCUCUCGGCUUAUUCGUCAAAAACACGGGCAUAUCUGAGAGACCGCCCAUUCAAUGGUCCUCUGAUAUCGUGUCGAUAGCGUAUUCUCAUCCAUACAUCUUAUGUCUCACUGAUUCUCUCGUCUCUAUUUUCAGUGUUGUCGACCAACAACUCAAACAACGCAUUUCAUUGACCGGAGGAUUAUAUUUAGACAACUUUGAUGGCAGUGUAUUAAUUGCUACAACCGAUAGUGUAUAUGAGUUGAGAGCCAUUCCGUGGACAAAACAGCUCCAAAUGCUUCUUCAGCUCAAGAAAGUGAAAGAAGCGCUCGAUUUAAGUCACAACUGGCGAGAGGCCGGACUCUCUCAGCAAAACUACAACCAAAUACUAUUAGAUGUGAAGAGAGACUCGGCUUUCAUUGAGUUGUCUCUCAAACACUUCGAAGAAGCGAAACAACUAUUUGUUGAUUCAAAUGCAGAUAUUCUUGAGUUACUCGACUUAUAUCCCGAUUGUUUUCCCUCUAAUCUCAGACUCGAGACACGUGUGAAGUAUUUUGUCAAUGAUUUCCAAUUUAUAAUCGAUAAUAAGAGCGAAGAUUAUAAUGAAUAUAAAGUAUUUCUAUUGGAAUUUCUCGAAGAAUUACUUGUAAAUCGUUGUCAACAAUAUAUAAAUCGUGAAAAUGAAAUCAAUAGUGCGUUGAUAUGUCUUUACAUUGAAAACAAAGAUUAUUACCAAAAUUUGCUAAAAUUGUUGACAACUAGUGAACUAAAAGCGGAUAUAAAUUGGGUUACAGAAAAUCUACAAAAAUCCCAUAAUUAUCAUGCGUUAGCUUUUUAUUAUUCAUGCAAUGAAUUGAAUUCUCCAAAAGCCUUAGAAAUUUGGACCAAUUUAGAGACCAAAGCGAUUAUGGAUGACAAUUAUCCGGGUCUUCAAUGCUUUGCUAACUUAUUA